AUGCCGCUCUUCUCUCGCUUUAAGAAUAAGGGAGCACAGCCGGCAUCCAAAGGCAAGAACUUUGGAGACACGAGCAAUGGCGGUCUCGAAACACCGCGACCACGUGGGUACCAGUCGCGAUGGGAGAGCACAGUCAUUGUGCCUGCCGAGGUUCAGGAGCUGGUGCACGUAUGCACUGCAGAGAUGAAGUCGCGAGCUGAGGCACUCGAUGCGCCAUUCUUUCUUUUGCCCUUCCGACCAGACUCCGAUCCGGCAGGCGGGCGCAUCUUUAUUCGCAAUUACUACAAAUCGAACGCCGAGCGAUCGUCACAAUACAAGGGAGAGUCGUUGAAGCAGGAACUUCGUCUGACAGACUCGGUAGUCUUGUGCAGCAUCAUGAAGUGGUGCUGGAGCAGAAUGCCGGGAGGUGUCGUCUCAUGGCCCGUGUAUGAAAGCUUUCGACUGGGUGAAAAGGAGGCGAAGCUGGCACGCAAUGCGUUUGAUACAUUCAUUCCUAUUGGAGUGGACUCCGAAGCCCGGAGAAGCAUCAUUUUCGACUUUUACGAUCUGCUAUCCGCCAUCGCUGCUCACGGCAAGAACAAUGGCCUGACUGGACGCAAAGUGUCAAGACUCGCGGGCUGGUGGGCAUUCGAACACCUCGACGAUGGCAAAGGGUUCGAGGGAGGCUACAAGUCGUGGACUGCCGCAGCAGAUGCGUCUGGUCACCUGUUCUUCGCAUACCUUCGGUCUUUGUCACCAGAGACAGAUCCGUCGCUCAACGUGAUUGAGCGGAUACCACGAUCACUACAAGCGCUGGUUGCCUCCACGGAAUAUCCACCUGAGACGCCAACUCUGCUCCAACGGUCGACUCCUCGGGUCGUCAUGUUGGUGGACACUGUGUCGCCGACACCCUUUGCGCUGCUGCGUAGAGCGAAGAACUUUGAGUACCGCGAUCGUGAUCAUGUUUUGCGGGAGUUCGCCGAAUUUGAAGAUCCGAUCGAUGCGCUGACGGAGGAGAACAAGCGUGUCUUGUACGCUGUAGCCACUGCAAACCAACAGACCGUUGCACGAUCGCGCCAAGGUCUUGCAAAGCCAGAAGAGUCGUGGUCUGCUUUCUCCAACCUGGGUUUCGCAGAUCUGGACGAGAAGGCUCUGUCUCGGAAAUCUCCCACCAGCGUCAAUGGGUCAACGAACACUGUCGGGCAAGGCCUACGAGACCAGCCACUAUCUCGCGCAGGAGACGUCGGUCGACCAACAACGCCAUCAUGGGCCGACUUCCUCUCUUCCGGAUUUGCAGAUGAUGGCUCUGCGAAGUCGCCUACGUUUCUGUAUCCGCCAGCGCAGGUCUUACCUCCACUUGGCAGCCGUUCGUCGUCGCCUGGUCUGCUACAUGAGGAAAACCUGGCUCCUGGUGAGCUUGCCGCUAUCACGAACAUUGAGCUUGAUGAUGCUUUCUGGUGGGUCUGGAUGACGAGCCUUGCUGGCGAGGAACCAAAUGAGCGCAAAGCUGUUUUCGGCAGGUGUGCGCUCGUUGAGACCACCAUUAUGGGCAAUCGCUGGCUGAUUAUGGAGGAGCAAGUUAAGGGCGCUGCUCCAGAUCCAGCAAUCGAGGCUUACAUCGCGCCAAAGAAGAGCUUCCUCUCUACGUUGACGAAACGCAGCAGAUUCGGUCGAAAAGACAAGGAGAAUAAGCAGCAGACCCAGCAGCAACCACAGAGCGUACUCUCGGCUACGCCAAGCAAGACUAGCAUCUCGACCGACCAACACGCCAAGAUCAAGGCUGCUGCGAGGGCUAUGAAUCAGAGGCAGGACACCGCUGACACCGAGAACGCUCGCCGCGGCAGGAACGAAGAUGCCAGCGGCUCGAAGACCAACAGCGUGCUCACACUGGGCCUGCAGAGCGAAGCCGGACCUGCAAUGCAAUGGGCUAAGUCAUACGACAAGAAUGCCAUCCGUCAACAAUACCUCGGUGACACAUUCGCGGGCAAGGGAAUGUCGAGAGAGGAUCUGGCUGCUAGCAAAUCCUCUUCCGUCAAUCUUGCUAGGUCGAAUACCAACGCGUCACCCGCUGCGUCGCCAGCUCCUCCAGCAGCAUCUGCAUUCGAGUCUGCACAGCGAGAUCUGCCGCCAGUUCCGGCGGAUGAAUCAUCCGCUCUGGCACCACCUUCGCCACUGGCAAACAAGUUUGCCGAACCGCAACUCAACACCGAUCAGACUUACUUGAACCAGCCAGAAGAGGUGUCUUCGCCAAUCGUACCAGGCACAGCCUCUUCUGCACCAGCAGAGCCGCUGGUGGACACACCACAGGCAGCUCCGGUGGUUCCAGAACCCCAAACUGAGCCUGAGACGAAACCCACUCCUGUCCACGAAUCCGAUGCGUUUGACAAAGAGAUCGGGCUUGAGUCGCCGUCUCCAGUAUCCACGGCCAGGGUCGGCAGGAAACCUGUUCCCCGUCAGGACGACCAUCCUGCCUUCCGUCCUCAAACGCGAGAGGAGACCAAGCCGGAGCCACAGACUCCGGCUAAUCCAGCCGCUCUUGCUGCACGCAAGGCUAUGCUGGAGAAGGCUGCUGCGGGUCCAGAUGCCAACAAACCUAAGAAGCAAGUCGCUACUGGCGGUGGCGGCGCUUUCAAAAAGAUGUUCGGCAAGAAGAAGGAUGGCUCAGGUCGAGACGCUUCGCUUGACCUUCAAAGACCUGCUAGCAAUGGUCUAACGCCACCAGCCGAGUCCGGAAUUGGACGCCGCAUAUCGCUGAUGCGCAAGAAGCACAGCAACACCACGGUCCCCCGAUCAGCCGCAGCAGCCGCAGCUCAACACGCUGCUGGUGUCGACGAGCCCUCCAUGCCAGCAUCCCGAUCAUACCGUGAUCAUUCCCCGGCUCCAGUAUCUCGUGAUAGUAUCAACGAGCAUCGAGCUGCCGAGCACGAGUUCUCACGCUUCGAUCAAGGCCCGAUCGAUGACACGCCUCCUAUGGAGCCGAGGUAUUCCGAGGAUGCCUUUCCUGCUCCCGCUUAUGAACCAGAAGCUCCGCACGAAGAGCCAAAGUUCAACACCCUCGCCGCCGCUCGCCUACAUCCACAGGCCGACGCAGGUGCCGCUGAGCCAUUGCCUUUCGAUGCACCAGUCUCCGACAAUGAGUCAGAGGCCAGCUUGAACGAUCCGCAUGACCCACAGAUCGCACAAGACCGAUGGGCCACCAUUCGUGAGAACGCCCAGAAGCGAGCAGAACGUUACAAGCAGGAGCGUGCUAGCGAAGACCAGAGUACUAGGCCAAGUCAAAGUGUUCGCUCUCAGACCGAUGAUGGCGAGACAAGUGGUGAAGAGACAAUCGAGUCUCGUGUCGCCCGGAUCAAGGCGCGCGUCGCCGAGCUCACCGGCAACAUGGAUGGAGCUGCCACGCGCCACUGA